AUGCGUGUCUCCGCUUUGGUCACCCUUCUCCCGGCCUUGGUCGCCGCUCAGGAGUCGCAAUUCGCGUUCAUGGACCAGGCCAAGGGCUGGUUUGACCAAGUCAAGUCCUUCAUCCCCCAGGCCCCCAGUGUCGCCGAACCCGUUCAGCAGGCCGCCCACCACACUACCUCGAAGAUCUCCGAACAGGCUGUUACCCAUUUGAACAUCAAUAACUACAAGGAUGUUCUAGAGCCAACAACCCAGCCCCAGGAAUGGCUCCUUUUCUUCACUGGUGGAAACAAGACUUGCUUUGGUCGAUGCCUCCGCGCUGAGCAUGCUUUCAAUGACUCCGUCGCACUCUUCGCCGCAGACCCAACCGCACCAAACCUCGGAUACGUAAACUGUGAGCAAGAACAAAUUCUCUGCUCAAUCUGGGCUGCCGCCGCCCCCUCCAUCUGGCAUCUUGACCUUCCGCAGGUCCACCCCGGCGAGAAGCGUCCCGCAGUCCCUCUGCACGUACAGAACUUGAACUUCACCACCGUCACCCCCGAGACCAUUUACAACGUGCAUGCCGAGAAGACCUGGGAGAAGGAGGACCGCUACGAAGGCUGGCUUCACCCUUACGAUGGUUUCUUGGCUGAGUCUGGAUUGAACGUUCCCCUCGGUCGCGUUAUCUACUACUUCUCCGUGCUCCCAAGUUGGUUGACCAUGAUUGGUAUCAGCUUUCUCAGCCGUAACGUAAUGGGUCGCCGUGCGGCAAAUCCAGGCGCAAUUGCCGGCCGUCGUUAG